AUAAGACCUAGAUAGGCUUCCAUUUCCAGAUCAAUGAACACAACCCACUUGAUACAUUGAGCUCAUUUGUGGUUUCAGAGUUCCAGCUUAUCCACCCUUCAAUAUCUUUUCAUGUCUUUGCUUGUGAAGAUGAGCUCUUUUUCUUUUUCUUCUAUUCUUCUUCUUCUUCUUCCUCUCUUGCUGCCUGCGUUAUUCUCUACCUUUGGAGCUGAAGCUCAGCCCCUAUUCAAUCCCACUAAGGUUGUGAAUUAUUCGGUUUCAGCCAUUUACAUAUUCGGGGACUCGACUGUGGACUCAGGAAACAAUGACUACAUAGCCACUCCUUUCAAGAGCAACUUCCCACCCUAUGGACAGGAUUUUCCAAAUCAUAUACCGACCGGAAGGUUCACUAAUGGCAGACUUGCCACAGAUUUCAUUGCGUCCUAUGUGGGAGUUAAAGACUUCGUGCCUCCAUAUUUGGAUGAAACACUGGGUUUGGAGGACUUGAUGACCGGGGUUAGCUUCGCCUCCGCCGGUUCAGGAUUUGACCCACUUACAGCACAAAUAACUAGUGUAAUUAAGAUGUCCAAGCAGCUUGAGUAUUUCAAGGAGUACAAAACCAGGCUGGAAGAAGCAAUAGGAAAGGAGAGAACCGAAAAUCUCAUCCAGAAGUCUGUGGCUAUUAUCAGUGCUGGAACAAAUGACUUCGUCUUCAAUUACUUGGCUGUCCCGAUUCGACGACAGGGAUACAGCCUUGAGGAUUAUCAGCAGUUCCUGAUGCAAAAUCUCCGGGAGUUCAUUCAGGGUUUAUGGGAACAAGGGGUACGAAAAAUUGCAGUAGUUGGGCUUCCUCCGAUGGGUUGUUUGCCAGUUGUUAUCACCUUCAAUUCACAAGCAUCAGCACAAGGAGGCUGUGUAGAAAGCUACUCAGCAGUAGCAAGAGACUACAAUCUGAAGCUCCAAGCUGAGUUAGCAUUUAUGCAAAUGAGCGUUGCAUUUUACGGGGGUAGAAUCAUGUAUGCAGACAUAUAUCAACCCAUAACUGACAUGAUCCAAGACUACAAAAGAUUCGGCUUUGAAGAGUGGAGGAGUGGAUGUUGUGGGACAGGACUAAUGGAAGCAUCAUUCAUGUGCAAUCCCAAUUCUUUAGUUUGUUCCGAUGUAUCCAAGUACCUCUUUUGGGAUUCUGUUCAUCCAACAGAGAGAGCAUAUUACUAUAUCUUCAGCUCUCUGUAUAACACCAUAGAUCACCUUGUAAGGGAUUAGCCUAGCCUCUCUAAGAUUUUAAAUGAUUGAUAUGAUGAGAUCUAUCAACUGAUUGCAUAUGCCAAGAAUAUCAAACAAAUUAAAGAAUAGAAAUGAA